AUUGGCAUAUUGAAAAAAACAUGGAACAAAUUGCAACAAGAUAUAAUGAGGUUAAUGGUCUCAUUUUUCCAUCUUUAUUUGACAUGAUUUCAAUAGAUCAUAUUGUUUUUGAUGAAUUACAUGUUCUUCUACAAAUUACAGAUAGACUUUGGGAAUUAAUGCUUGCGGAAAUCCAAGAAUUACCUUUUCAAUUUUGGGAAGAGGAAAAAUCUCAUGCAUGGAAAUAUACAUCUCUUGUGGGGGAUGACAAAAAAAUUGUUUUGCAAUUUUUUAACUUAAAGUUACUUUUUAAACCUUCUUGUGCACAAUUAAUUCGAAAACUUUGGGAUGAAUUUUAUAAAUUGUAUUGUGCUAUUCGAAAUAAAAAUACCAAUCCAGCAAAGUUAAAGCAACAAUCACUUGAAUGGUUAUCUUUAUUUCUCACACCAUCACAAGGAAAUCCUUCUUGUCCAAAAACUUUUAUACAAGGAUUAUAUAUGCCAAGUCAAGUAACUCCUUAUAUGCAUGCAUUAGUUUAUCAUGGAUGGGAACUUUUAGAGAAACAUCAAAGGUGGGGAUUGAAGGCAUUUUCUUGUUCUGCUGUUGAAAAAAAAAAUCACAAUCAAGUUUCAACUUUUUUUCACAAAACACUUAAAAAUGGAGGUAAUUUAUCAAAAAGAAAGUCUGCAAUACAAGAAAUCAUAGAAUAUGAAAAUAGAACACUUUAUUAUACUUAUAAUACAUUACCUGAAUCUCCAAAAAUCAAAAGAGUCUGCAUUAAAUAA